UGACUCAGAAGUGAAGAAGAAGAGGAGACGAUUUGCUGGCCUGCAAUUUUUUCACGACGAACAAGUAAUUUAUACAGCCAUUAUAACCGCAAACCGGAAUUGCCGCUGGCCGGAAUCGUAAGCAACUCCGUCGGUAUACCAGGAUCAGGCUGAUCAAAGCAAACGCAGUGCUAAAAGCUGAGGAUUAAACGGAAAAAUCGUAGCCCAGCCCAUAUCAACAGAGCGGAGAGAGGGAGAGGGACAUACAGCUUUGGGUGAGAGGAACGGAAGAGCGGAGAGAGGUCAGCCAACCCGCAAUUAAGAAAAAGUAGACACGUACGAGAGUUGCACGGCCAAAAGUGCGAAGCAAAUCUAGAAGAAAGUAGAAGAAGAAGGCGACAUGUCAUCCGGCGACUUCGGUAAUCCGCUGCGGAAGUUCAAGCUUGUCUUCCUGGGGGAGCAGAGCGUGGGAAAGACCUCGCUGAUUACGCGUUUCAUGUACGACAGCUUCGACAACACGUACCAGGCGACGAUCGGCAUUGACUUCCUAUCGAAGACCAUGUACCUGGAGGACCGCACCGUCCGCCUGCAGUUGUGGGACACGGCGGGCCAGGAGCGCUUUCGGUCGCUGAUCCCCUCCUACAUUCGCGACUCUACCGUCGCCGUGGUCGUGUACGACAUCACCAACACGAACUCGUUUCACCAAACCUCCAAAUGGAUAGACGACGUACGCACGGAACGAGGUAGCGACGUAAUCAUCAUGCUGGUGGGAAACAAGACGGAUCUGUCGGACAAGCGACAAGUCUCCACGGAGGAGGGCGAGCGCAAGGCCAAGGAACUGAAUGUGAUGUUCAUCGAGACGAGCGCCAAGGCCGGUUACAAUGUGAAGCAGCUAUUCCGACGAGUGGCGGCGGCUCUGCCCGGCAUGGACUCGACUGAGAACAAACCCUCCGAGGACAUGCAGGAGGUGGUGCUGAAGGACUCGCCCAACGAGACGAAGGACCCCGAGGGCGGAUGCGCCUGCUAGAAGUAGCUAACCCGAUCCAAUCCAAUCCAACCCAAUCCCGAACCAACCUCCCUCAAAGCUGAAGCUGAAGCAGAAGCAGUUCAACCAACAAGAGCAUUUCACACGCGCUGGCAACGGGUGUACACAGGUGUAGGUGUAUGUGGCUGGAUCAGCGGUGGAUUCCAACAAACAACACUGGACGAGCAAGCCCCCAACAUCUUCUAUAUACACACACAUACACAACUUUAUGUUUAAGUUUAUUUAUAAAGUAAAAAAUGAUAGCAAAAGCAAAUAGACUAAACAACAAUUAACGAAAUCGGCUAACUAAUUAAUUAGCUAAUCCCUAAAGUAGGCGAAGCUAACUUAUUGACACGAGAUCAGGGAUCAAGAUCAGAGAGAUAUUUGCGAGCUAAGCCCCCAGAAUAUAGUGUUGUGCAUUUCCGUAACUCCCUUGAAACAAAAAAAAAAGAAAAAUCCAAGCAGCUUCAUGUACUUAUGUCGAAGGUCCGAAUCCUGCAACAUUCCAAUUUUUGGCCAUCUCCCGUAGCAGCAAGAGCAGCAGCUAACCAAACAAUCGUAGAUACCACGCAGCCAGCCUGUGUUCAGUGCAAUAGAUUCCAUUUUUAGCCUCGUUCUGUUUAGCGGCUUUUGUUUCGCCCAUUUGGCCCGUUUUCGGUUUUUUUAGCACAGCGAACGACUGCAACUGGAACUUUGGAUGGCAUAGGACUUGGCCACGUGCAUCUUAUGAAUAAAUAUACACAGAUAUAUAAUAUGUAUUUUUAUGACAAACCUAAAACAGACGGAAAAUAGACAGCAGGCAGGCAUGCAGCACGAGCUGAUAAACACUUAACAAUAUUAUUAACGAUUUUUGCUUCGAUUAGCGAGAGAACUUUGUGCAUUUUUUACGCGAAAAGCAUAAGCUUACAAAAUUGAUACUUGAAUAAAAACAUAAAACUAUGAAUGCAA